UUAUGUAGAGCUUUUGUGUUAAAAUAAUAUACUGUCAUUAUAUUUGUUUUGCUUAUUUACAAACCUGUCUAUAAUGAUUUGUUUGUAUGGUUGUGUGUUCUCGUUAACGACCGCAAGGCUUCUAUGUGUCGUUACGCAUGUCAAAUAUCCCUCCGCUGUUUUUUUGUCCCCUUUCAGACUGUUUUGGUCUUGUAGAUGUUAGCAACGGAAAAAGCCCUAGACAGCACUGAACCACGUUUUGUGAUUAGAAAUUAAUUUUGUUUAGAUUACACAACACGUUGGCAAGAGGUUCAACGCACGUAUUUAUUUUAAGAGAGUCAUUUGUACGUGUUGUCUUUUUUAAGUAGAGUUUUUUUCAGUUUUAAUACGAAUUGUACUGGUUGCUAAUUGGGCUAGCAAGCCAGCUAGCUUGUUAGCAUAGCAUUUUCCCUCGAGAGGCACGUUGACAUUAGCCUGCUAGCCUCGGACUUGCUAACGGCAGCGGCCAACUGUCACACAACCACACACACACCACAAUCGUCCUCGUCCAAGAGAGAAUUGCGGUGUCGAGCUGGUCAUUUUAACACGCCGUCUUUUAUGGGAUCGACAUGUCAAUGAAGGCCGGUGGAAAUCGCAGCAAGCCCGGCGGUGGUAACGCCGCUGGCGCUGGAGGAAGCGGCGGGGGACGACAGAAUCUGGGCAGGGGAAGACACAGUGCUAAGGGUCCUGCUGCGGUUAUUUUCAAUGGAGUUUAUGCAAACAUGAGGAUGGUCCACGUCUUGACAUCAGUUGUGGGCACCAGGUGUGAACUGAAGGUGAAAAACGGAGCGAUCUACGAAGGAGUGUUCAAGACUUACGGUCCAGAGUGUGACCUGGUGUUGGACGCAGCCCACAGGAGGAGCCCAGAGCCGAGUGUGGGCCCCAGGAAGGAGGACAUAGUAGAAAGCAUCGUCUUUAAGGCAUCGGAUGUCGUUGUGGUGUCCUUCAAAGAUGUCGACCUUAACUUUGCCAGAAAAGUUUCCUCUGACACAGAGCAUAAAGGUGUAUCCUUGCGUGUCUCAGAUAACUUCACAGACUCCGCGGUGAGCGGCAGGAUCAAUGGCGAGCACAAAGAGAAAGAUCUGGAGCCCUGGGAUGGUGGAGAGACCCACAACUCUGACAGCCUCGAGUCUCUGGAUACUGAUGUGUCAAACGGGUGGGACCCCAAUGACAUGUUCAAGUACAACGAAGAGAAGUACGGUGUCUUAUCUACCUAUGACAGCAGCCUGUCCACAUAUACGGUCCCACUAGAGCGGGACAACUCUGAGGAGUUCCUGAAGAGAGAAGCUCGAGCUGCCCAGCUGGCUGAGGAGAUAGAAGCCAGCUCCACGUACAAGGCCCGCGUGGCCCUGGAGAACGACGAGCGCUCCGAGGAGGAGAAGUUUACCGCGGUGGUACGAGGGGAAAGAGAGAUGCACACACUGAGCAGGGAGAACAAGUACAUUCACCCAGGGCAGAGAAACAGGGAGGCCAUGUCAUGGGGGCCCGGACGGCAAAAUUCGCCACGCCUGACUCCGAACUCAGCCGGACCUUCAACUCCGCGUGCAGGACUGCAUGACUAUAACCAGAGCACAGGGGCUGACCAGAGGGUGGUGAAUGGAGGUUCAUCCCAUUGGCCCUCACCCUGUCCAUCUCCUUCCUCCCGCCCCCUCCCUCGUUACCAGCCCGGCCCUUCCUCCCUGCCUCCUCGGGCGGCCACGCCCACCAGGCCACCCUCCAGACCCCCCUCUCGACCUUCCAGGCCUCUCUCUCAUUCAUCCCAUCCCUCCCAUCCCUCUUCCUCGUCUCCCUUUCCCCACCACGGGCCGUCAUCGCCGGCCUCCACUCUGCCCAAACGCAUGUCUUCAGAAGGUCCACCAAGGAUGUCUCCAAAAUCCCAGAGGAUGCCCCGUGCCCACAGAGUGCCGACCAGCCGGACCACAGGAAUGCCACCGGUAGUGGAUCUGAUUUCCCACAAUUCCCCCGGAGAUCUCCCAGUGACGCCGUCCAACAGAGGGAACUCAUCAGGAGGAACCUGGUCUUCUGUAGUUAGUGGAGCUCACAGACCGCGCUCCCCUCGUCAGAACAGCAUGGGCGGAGCCUCCCCUUCCUCCACAUCCCCUCAGACAGGAACAGCUCCCAUGGACACUUUUGCCACGCCGACGUCCGCUUCUUCCCCGACUGCCGGAAGCCCCAGCCCCAAUAUGGUCGCCUCUGAUGUAAAAGAGUGUCGCGUCCAGGAGACGAGGCAGACGUCCCCUAAAGCCAACAAAGACAACAUGAAGGACAGUUCAUCCAGUGUCAACAGACCCGUGUGCAAAGGUCCCCCCUCCUUGGCCCCUGACCACAGAAAACAAAUAGACAAUUUAAAGAAAUUUAGUGAAGAUUUUAGGUUGCAAUCUAGUUCCAACCCAGACCCUGCCUUCGACCACAUGAUCACCAAACCUUCAAGAGAUCCCACAGACAAGCCUACCGAUGCCCCCUUGGACAAAGCCUCUGCAGUGGGCCCUGAAGACCACGGUGUCUCGGCCCCGUCUGCCGGCGGCAUCAGCACGAGUAAGCCCGGCAGCCCCGCCGCCCUGUCCCCGUCUCCUUCCGGGCCGGACCAGAAGAGGGCGGGCCUGGAUGUGACGUCGCAGGGGGUUCAGACAACAGCCACGUCCACUUUUGGCGGGCCCAAGCAUGAAGAGAAGGAGGACAAGAAGGAGGCGGUGCAAGAUCAAGUGAGAAAGUCCACCUUAAACCCCAACGCUAACGAGUUCAAGCCAAGGUUUAACACACAGCAGCCUAAACCGGCCAAUACCCCGACACCGCCCCGGCCCCAGGGCCAACCCAGCCCCUCCAUUGUGGUCCAGCAGCCCCCCACCGUCUACGGUCAGACGGUGUGCUUCCCCCAAAUGUAUCCACUCACACCAGUUAGUCCCGGCGUGCAGAAAAGCAUAAUAUGGAAGUCUCCAGCCAUGUACCAGGUGCAGAUGCCUCAUAUGCCUGUCAACCAGUCCAAACCAUACAGACCAGGUAAAGUGCCCAACAUGAGCCAGCAGAGGUCAGACCAGCAUCACCCGCCGGGCACGCCCACCAUCAUGCACCCUGCCACGGCAGCGGGGCCGCCAAUCAUCACACAGAGCCCCGCCUACUCUGCCCAGUACUUCACCUGCAGCCCGCAGCAGUUCCCCAGUCAGCCGCUGGUCCAGCAGAUGCCACAUUACCAGUCACAGGCGCAGCAUGUAUUCAGUCCUGUAAUGCAAGGCAGCGCCCGCAUGAUGGCGCCGCACACACACGGCCAGCCCAGCCUGGUGUCCUCCUCAACCACACAGUACCCAGAGCAGACACACACCAUGUAUGUGUCUCCUGGUCCCAUGCCCCAGCAGUAUCCCCACCCCAGUGCCACCUUGCACCCCCACCCCCAGCACCCUCAGCCCUCUGCCACACCCACAGGCCAAGGUCAGCAAGGGGGGCCCCCUCAGCAUGGAGGACCCCCCAGCCACCCGGCCGCCAGCCCGGUCCAGCACCCACAGCACCCUCAGGCGGCAGCAGCAGCAGCCGCCGCCCAGGCCCUCCACCUGGCCAACCAGCCUCAGCAGCAGAUGUACUCGGCUUUGGCUCCCACACCCCCCUCCAUGACCCCGGGCCCCAACCCCCAGUCCCCACAGGCGUCCUUCCCCUCUGCCCAGCAAACGGUCUACAUCCACCCCCAGCAGGUGCAGCACGGCUACAACCCCAACCACAUGGCUCACGUGCAGCAGGCUCACAUGCAGUCUGGUAUGGUGCCAUCUCACCACCCGGGACCCACCCACCCCCCAAUGAUGCUGAUGGCCACCCAGGGCCCGCCGGGAGGUCCCCAGGCCCCCAUGGCUCAGACGGCCCUCAACCACAUCCCCGUUUCUUCCACCACACAUUUCUCCUACCUGGCACAUCCACAAGUGCAGCCUCAUCACCAGCAGCAGCUGUAGAUAGAGGGCGCUGGUGAGCUGAAUUCCUCAAGUGGAACCUUCCAUUCAUGAAGAGACAAGGAGCCCUCCUCCUCCCUCAACCCCCGCCCUCCUUCUCCACCUCUCUUAGCUCAUCAUCCUCAUGUUUCACAUCAGCUUACCUCCCUCCUACCCCCCCCCCACCCCCCCUACAAGGCAAUAAGAGAAUGUUAACAGGUUGCUGAUGCAGUGAUGUGUUUUUGCCACAAGAGGCCGAUCACAAAGUGAGAUAACUAAUCUUUAAUCCGAAAAAGAACAAGAAUUCAACUGGAACUUUGUCUGCACCUGGUAAAUAGACAGUAUUAAUCUUACUGUGUUAUGGCUGCUGCUGCUACAAGACAAGUUUCUAACCAAACUAAAAAAAAAAAAAAGUCAAGAGGACAUGAGGAGCGUUAUUUAUGGAAAAAAUAAAUAUGACGGUGAUCGGAACCCACUUCUCACCUGACCCUAAUGUAACUUUUAAGUUAAAACUUUUACUUUGUAGAUAAUAUAAAUAAUUUUAAAAAAUGAGCCAAAAAAAUUACAAAAUAAAAAAAGUUUUAAAAACUGAACCAGCUGCUGUUAUUUAUUUUUUAAACAAACGAAAAAAAAAAACAUCAAAUAAAUGACUGAGGCUUUAGUCUGGUUAGGUUUAUUUUACAAAAAGAAGUCAAAUAUACAGUUGAUAUAUAAUUUAGAGGGCUGAAUGAAAGGGAUUGCAAAGACAAUGUUUUUAGAAGCUCUGUGGUGGUCGUCGGGUGGAGCUUUACAGUGCUGAGGUAAAAACACAAACAGUAUUGAGAACACGUUAGUCAUCAUUAGGACAUUUUUCAAAUAAAGGCGAAAAUGACUGAAGGGGGUCAAAAAAUGUAGCUUAAGCAAAAUGAACUAUUAAUGACAAUGUAAAGCUUUGCAUUUUACACAGGAUAUUGUGGCUAUCUUGCAGGGAUAGAAAACCUGUGGCACUGCUUGAGCAUUUGAUGCAAAUCUAAAAACAAACCCUCAAAGGAACUGUUGUAAAAAAAACAAAAAAGCCACAAAAGAACAUGUAACCCACAAAAGCUCAUAUUUAAUUAGAAAUAUAGUAUGGCCUUUUAGAAAUGAUUAUUGCACGACACACUUUUCUGCACCCUGACAUUUUUUUGGUUUAUCGGUUCUUAGCUGCAACGAGGCAACUCCUGAUUGGUCGACAUGUUACAGUUGCUGGAAUACAUCAGCUGGUGUGUCACUUUUAUCGGAAUAGUUGUCGCAGAAUAAAAAUGAGACUACGUUUGAGACUAAUGCGAUGGUAAAAAGUAAAUCGGAUGUUAGUGUUUAAAGCACAGACUUACCCCUUCUUGCUGGCAACAUAAAGCUUCUUUAUAUUUUAUUGAUUAAGAAAAAGGCACAUUUUUCCAUUAAAGGUUGCUCACUAGCUUUGGUUGAAGUUAUUUCGUUUUUGCAGCACAGCAAAGCGUCUCUAUUGAACAUAGUGUAGGAAUGGCCCUCAUUUUGUUGCUAUUAGUUAAUGAAACAAUUAAUGCUAGCAGUGAAAUAUUAGCGUUUGGCUUGGUGUCUAUUAUAUAUUAACUUUUCAAAAGUGUGUUUUUGUGAGGGCUUCCUUUGCAAGCUUACUGCCUGAAACAAAGUCACGAAGCCAAAGUUCUUUUUUUUUUAACUAUACGAGCUUUUGGUACUUGAACGCAGCAUGAGGUACACACAGGGCGGAAACUUUUUAAAAACUUAUGAAUCUUAAAGAAUUUAGGGUCACCAAUGAAUCACACUGAUUGAUAUGGAUGGGCAUUCCACUUCAUGUUUAAUUCGAUAUUAACGAUCAAGAAUCCUGUAAACAGUCCAUGACUGUCACAUGGACUACCAAUAGCCAAUCGGAAAGCAAGUUGACUGAAGAAGGCGGAAGUAGAGCAAACAGUUAAACGGCGAGAAAAUAAGUUAUGCUAACAAGACAUUUUUCACUUUUAUAUUUAUGGCCAUUGGAAGACUUAAAGAAAAGGAAAUAUAAGAGAUUGACUAAACACCGCCGUACUUCAGUACGCCCCCUUUUUGUGUUUAUUAUGCCCAUCCCUACUUGGUACAUUGUUUUCCAAAGUGCACUGAAGGCACAUCCAAAAUAAAAUAUGUGGAAAAAAAAGAAUAAGAGUGUCUGUACGCUCUAAAAAAAGAGUGCUUAGUUGUUUACAUGAGACUUGUGCCAAGAAUAAAUGCAUUAUUAGUUCUUAAAAGAGCGACCCAGAAAGCUAGCAUAAAAUAAAAUAAAAAAGCGGUCCACCUCGGUGUGGAUCAUAAAUAAGUGCUGCACUCACCUGUGACUCGUGCUAAGCUAGCAUUUCAUUGUAUUACUGGUGGUGGACACUCCUGCUCUUUCGCUACCCCCUGCUGGUUGGGAGGUGCUAGCUUGUAGCGCUAUUAUAAAAUCUAUAAAAAUAGUUUUGCUUGCCCAAACUGUCCCCCUCCCCUCCAGAAAAAAAGAAAAAAAAAGAAAUAAUGGGACAUACAUUCACUGUGGACGCUUGUGCCAGCCCCUCGGCAUCAUACAUAGCGCCUCAUGCAAUAACGCCUCGGCUCCACAAGAGGUCAGAGCAACAUGUACUGGUUGUCUAUGGCUCGCUUGCGGCCGCGCUCCGGCUCCAGCUCAUAGUCCGAGUCCCGCUGGGGGAUGACGGGAGGGUGCGGAUUGCUGUGGC